AUUUAAUCUCUAUUCCGCAGGUAUUAAACGAAGCGGUGGGCGCGCUAAUGUGGCACACAAUCAUCCUCACAAAAGAAGAUCUGGAAAAGUUCAAAGCGUUACGGAUAAUCGUCCGCAUCGGCAGCGGUGUCGACAACAUCGACGUGAAAGCCGCCGGCGAGCUGGGCAUCGCCGUGUGUAAUGUGCCCGGCUAUGGCGUCGAGGAAGUCGCCGAUACCACCAUCUGUCUGAUCCUGAACCUCUACCGGCGGACGUACUGGCUAGCGAACAUGGUUCGAGAAGGCAAAAAAUUCACAGGACCAGAACAAGUGCGGGACGCAGCGCAGGGCUGUGCAAGAAUACGAGGAGAUACCCUGGGGUUGGUCGGUUUGGGCAGAAUAGGCAGUGCGGUGGCGCUCCGGGCGAAGGUGUUCGGUUUCAACGUGAGUUUCUACGAUCCCUACCUGCCGGACGGAAUCGAGAAAUCGCUCGGCCUGAACCGCGUCUACACCCUGCAAGAGCUGCUAUUCCACUCAGACUGCGUGUCGUUACACUGUACAUUAAAUGAACAUAAUCAUCACUUAAUUAACGAGUUCACGCUUAAACAGAUGAGACCCGGUGCAUUUCUAGUGAACACAGCCCGCGGCGGACUGGUGGACGACGAAGCGCUCGCCCUCGCACUGAAACAGGGCCGAAUCCGGGCGGCCGCCCUCGAUGUUCAUGAGAAUGAGCCAUUCAAUGUAUUUCAGGGUUCCCUGAAAGACACACCCAACCUGCUGUGUACGCCCCAUGCCGCCUUCUACAGCGAGGCCGCUACGACCGAACUGCGCGAGAUGGCAGCCAGCGAAAUCCGGCGGGCAAUCAUCGGCAAUAUUCCGGACUGCCUCCGGAACUGCGUCAACAAGGAAUACUUCCUACGAUCGUCGACGGGCGGCGGUGCCGGAGGAUACUCAGACACUGGUAAAAAUGGCGGCCAUUAUUAUUCAGGUGGAUUACAGCAAGCACAUAGUACAACGCCGCUCGAGUUACCGCUCAGUUCUGGACCGCACGGGCCGCCCAGUGGACCCCCGCCACCGUCAGUCGCCGUACCACCUGUCUCCGCUGUCACAGCGCCACCACCACAAGAUAUUGAUGCACUUGAUUACGGAACCGUAGCUUUUAAUGCCCAAAACAAGCACAAUUUCCGUUAAUGAACAAUUCACCUACACCCACCUACCACCACCACCACCACCUACAUACACACACAAACACACACCCAUAGAAUCAUCUCUCAUCCCUGGUGUUUGUUGACCGAUGGCACCGCCGGGGCAAAACUAACUCUGAGGUAGGUGCGCAAAUUUUUGUCAUUUUUUUUCUAGUUGAAUUUAUUAGUUUGUUUUCCGGAAAAUGGGUACUUGAGAGAAAAAGAGAAAAUAAAAUAUCUGAGUGCAAAACUGGCAAUACUUUUCUAUUGCUUUAAAUCUUUUUAGUUUACUUGCCCUGGGUUCAAUCCCUAGCUCGUCCCUUUGUAUCUUUCUAUUUGUUUUCUCUCAUUUUUCUCUGCACAAUCAACUUGCUUACCAAACGGCAAUCCACGCAUCAAUGUGAACCUCUAGGGCACGGUUUUCGCCAGUGUUGGGAAUACUCACUUGCAAAGAGUAACACUUUGCUUUUAUCUCAGUUCAAAAACAAAACAUGCUGUUAAAAAACGGUUUUUGAAGGACUUUUACAUUGCAGUUCUAUCUAAAAGUUUGCCGAAUAAAGUAAAGAUCACACACGCAUACCAAAGUCGUGAAAGAGACGUGAGUAUGUAUAACUUAUACUCACUUCGCGCUCACAGUUCUCUCACGACUUUGUUAGGGUAGAGAGCCACUUGAACAGUGGCCGGUAUUUUGGACACUCUUCGUUAUAACUCAGUCAAUUCCAAACCAAUUGACUUGAAAUUUUGUACAUGGCUAGGCUACUAUACGUUUCUCACCUUGUUCCAAAAAUUGUGUUAAUUGGUUGAAAAUUGGCUGAGUUAUAGCAGAAAAGUGCCCAAAACAGGGGCCCUGCCGAGAUGCUUCCACUUCCCUAUGCGUGUGCGAUUCUUACUUUUCGAAAAAUUUUAGAUAAAACUACAAUGUAAAAUGUCCUUGACCGUUUUUUGGUAACAUGCUUCUGAACUGAGAUAGUAGCAUGUGAGUAUAACUCUUGCAAGUGAGUAUUUCCAACACUGGUUUUGGCUAGUCUAAGGGAAAUAUUUUUUUUUAAAUAACCAAUAAACCUAUGAAAGCUGCCAAUAUGUAAGAAAAAUGCAGGCCGACAAUUCGGCUUAAGCUCUACUAGGCCCUCGGUA